CGGAGCGAUGGAGCCGGGCCCCGCCGCCUCCCCGGGGCCUUCGCGGUCCUUCAAGGAGGAGCUGCUGUGCGCCGUGUGCUACGAUCCCUUCCACGACGCCGUGACGCUGCACUGCGGCCACAACUUCUGCCGCGGGUGCGUGAGCCGCUGCUGGGAGGUGCAGGUGACGCCCACCUGCCCCGUGUGCAAGGACCGGGCGUCGCCCGCCGACCUGCGCACCAACCACACGCUCAACAACCUGGUGGAGAAGCUGCUGCGGGAGGAGGCGGAGGGCGCGCGCUGGACCGGCCGCCGCUCCCCUCGCCUGUGCCGCCCGCACCGCGGGCCCUUCACCCUCUUCUGCCUGGAGGACAAGGAGCUGCUCUGCUGCUCGUGCCAGGCCGACCCCCGCCACCAGGGCCACCGCGUGCAGCCGGUGAAGGACACGGCCCACGACUUUCGGGCGAAGUGUAAGAACAUGGAGCACGCGCUGCGGGAGAAAGCCAAGGCCUUUUGGGCCAUGCGUCGCUCCUAUGAGGCCAUCGCUAAGCACAAUCAGGUGGAGACGGCUUGGCUGGAAGGCCGCAUCCGGCAGGAGUUUGACAAGCUCCGGGAGUUCUUAAGGGUGGAGGAGCAGGCCAUCCUGGAUGCCAUGGCCGAGGAGAGCCGACAGAAGCAGCUGCUGGCCGACGAGAAGAUGAAGCAGCUCGCGGAAGAGACCGAGGCCCUGGCCCACGAGAUCGAGCGGCUGCAGGUGGAGAUGAAAGAAGAUGAUGUUUCCUUUCUCAUGAAACACAAGAGCCGCAAACGCCGACUCUUCUGCACGGUGGAGCCGGAGCCCAUCCAGUCCGGCAUGCUCAUCGAUGUCUGCAAGUACCUGGACUCCCUGCAGUUCCGCGUCUGGAAGAAGAUGAUUGCGUCUGUGGAAUCAGUGCCUUUCAGCUUGGACCCAAACACGGCAGCGGGCUGGCUCGCGGUGGCCGAUGACCUCACCAGUGUCACCAACCACGGCUACCGCGUGCAGGUGGAAAACCCGGAGCGCUUCUCCUCGGCGCCCUGCCUGCUGGGCUCGCGGGUCUUCUCGCAGGGCUCGCACGCCUGGGAGGUGGCGCUGGGGGGCCUGCAGAGCUGGCGAGUGGGUGUGGUGCGGGUGCAGGCGGAGGCCGGCGGGGAAGGCCACUCGCACAGCUGCUACCACGACACGCGCUCGGGCUUCUGGUACGUGUGCCGCACGCAGGGCGUGGAGGGGGACCACUGCAUGACCUCGGACCCCGCGACAGCCCCCCUGGUCCUGGCCAUGCCGCGCCGCCUGCGCGUGGAGCUGGAGUGCGAGGAGGGCGAGCUGUCCUUCUAUGAUGCCGAGCGCCACUGCCACCUGUACACCUUCCACGCCCGCUUCGGGGACGUGAGACCCUACUUCUACCUCGGGGGCACACGGGGCGAUGGGCCCCCCGAGCCUCUGCGCAUCUGCCCCCUGCGCGUCACCAUCAAGGAAGAGCUGGACGGCUGAGCUGCCGGCGCCCCCUGGAGGUUGGCCCGCGGGCCUCUUCUGCCCUCCUGGCCCCGGAGCGUCCUGUGUCCCCCGUUAUUGUCCUUUCUGUGGCAUCAGGCCCGAGGCCUCUGUCUUUAUUAUUUUUUUGGUCUCUCUGCCCACAGCUGAGAGCCAUCCUGGAGAUGCCUGGCCGGACCCAGGCUCUGUCCAGAGUCCCGGCACUUUCAGGGUGUUAAGUGUCCUGAGUCCUCCUUUUAGGAUUGCUGGAGAAAAGGUUCACUUCUACAAAGGGCCUGAAUUACGCCAUAACUUUGGUUGCUUUUAGAAAUGCUGAGACCAGUUAGGAGAGGCAUGCUUGUCCCUUAGAACUCCCAGGAGGAGAAGCAUGUCAGGCACAGGGAAAGCCCCCCGGGUCCCUUGGGAAGCGGAGGCCCAUGAGGAGGGAUGGGUAAAGCCUUCACAGACGCUUUCCUGAGGAAGGAUGGUGGGGCAGGCUCAGCAUUGUGUCCAGGUUUGGAUAAAGUGCAAAGGGGUCUGAGACCCAGGGGCUCCCCUGAGUGUCCGCCACCAGCUCUGGAUGAUGAGGACAGGAACGCAGGCCUGUUUUCACUGAUGGGCCUGUGAGAGCGCCAUGCGGGUAGCUUGGGUCUGGUGCACUCCCUAGGGUGUUGCUGGCUGUGGGACGGGCUCACCUGGCUUCAGAGUCUAGAGCACCAGAAGGGAGUGAAUAAGAGAAUGGUCAAGCCGGGCGUGGUGGCGCAUGCCUUUAAUCCCAGCGCUCUGGAGGCAGAGGUAAGAGGAUCGCCAUGAGUUCGAGGCUACCCUGAGACUACAUAGUGAAUUCCAGGUCAGCCUGAGCUAGAGUAAAACCCUACCUCGAAAACAACAACAGAAAGAAUGGCCGGUGCCUGGUCACUGCUCUGAGGCAGGACGGAGGGCUCGCUCCUCUGUCACUUCAUGUUACUAUCUAAAAACUGCUACGCUCAUCUCUCUGGGGUCCUGCAGGGUGGAAGGCAGCCGUGCAGCCCCGGAUCAGAUCUCUGAUCGGUCUGUUUACACUUGGCAGCAGACAGUUUCCUCUGAAAUUGUCCACGCUUUCCAGAGAAGUUAAACUUUUUUUUUUUUUAACUUUAGCUUUUGACCUCAUCCUCUGGGUCUGUGCAAGAAGGUGUCCCUUUGUAACAGCCGAGGAAGAAACACCUCUGACUCUCUCAUCAAGGUCUGACAAGGGAAGGGUCUCUUAGGAAGGGUGUGAUACUGCGGAAACCCCAGGCUGUGACCCGAGACGCUGACCAGCUCGCUUGUCCCCUUACUGGGGUUUCUUCCCGCUUUCUCCUCUUCCGCUGUGUACCUCUGCUCUCCAUCCUCACUCAUGCCCUUGGGUGAUUUCCAGUCUGGCUCACCGUGCCCUGCUGUGCCAUAGUGAAAGGAAGUAUCCCGGGGUCCAGUGUUGUAUCAGGGACACAUUCUCACUUGUCUGCACCCCGUGUUUCAAAAACUGGCAUUCCAAGCAAACUGUGACUCCUACCUAGCAAUUGAUGAUACAUGGGCCAUGCACUUUGGUUACAUAACAAGUUAAGGCACAGGAGGGCCCUAGGGAGGAAACACUGACAAAGGCCUGCUUGGCCAUGGGGGACUGUGUUGGCAAAAUAGCUUGUGAGUCCAAAUGCCCAGACCCAAGGCACUUCGGGAACCACACAGAUUUAAGAGCAUAUACCCUUUGCUGUUAUGUGUUGAGUCUAUUGAAUAAUGUUUCUAUAUAAUGAACUUGAAGUUAUUUUGUUAGUUAUAAUAAACUUUUCAAAUGUUA